AUGUCGACCGACGUCGCCGCUCCGUCCUCUCCAGAGAUUCACGGCGGUAUCGCAUCCCAGCGGGCAUACAAGGCAUGCGAUGUUUGCCGAAAACGCAAGUCUCGUUGCACCGUUGGCUCCGGCGCCACGAAAUGCCAGAGAUGCCUGCGUGAAGGUCGAGCCUGCGUCUUCCCAGAGCACCGUUACAAACAGAAGCCUCGCCGUGCACGGCAGAGCCGCGAGACCAGUAAUCACAGCGCUUCUAUAAUGCAUGGAAACAACAACCUGACGGAGCACGCUACAGCAGGCCCGGGAAAUCCAUGCCCAUCUGCUGACGGUCUCGCUGAGUCUGUCAUGCGAACUGUUGUUUUGAGUGGCAACGAUGCUCGCGAUCUCUUGUUCUCGGCCGUCCGAGAGGAUCGCGAAACGCAUCUAUCGGCACAUGGCGUUCGUCCAAAUCUCUCAGCGCCAUCAUUGGCGUGCACUGCGGAGGAGUCGCCUUAUGUCGUGCCUGCUGUUGAGUUCAUGACACUACCAGGCGCCGGUGGUGCAACUCGGAGCAGAUAUAUCCACGAUCGGCUUUGGGCGCACAUUCAGCAUCUCCUUCUCCGCCUCGUACUGGGCCAAGAAAAGUUGUCCAAGGGCAAACUACGCACGCUCGGCAGCCUAGAAGCACUCCUAUUGCUUACAGAGUGGCACCCGAGAGGGCUCGCAUUCCCGCCCCCAAUGGACGGCUGGGACUCGGCGUUGCUGCACCAUUCCGAGCAGGAUGGCGGUCGCUUGCCAACGACGUCUGCGGAACAGGUGCGAGAUCGAUGGGCCGAGGAUGUCGUUCGGCCAGCAAGAAGAUUUGACCAAAUGUCUUGGAUGUUGCUUGGAAACGCAAUGACUUUGGCUUGCGACAUGGGAGUCUUCAAUCAGUCGGCAGUUGAGCAGUCGACACUAUCGAGAUGGACGGCAGAACAUGACCAGGAGCGAGCCGAAAGGCUGCGAGGGUUGAUCUACAUAUAG